AUGUCUGAUAAAGUGGAAGACAUUAAAGCUGAGACGCCAAAAGAUGAAAAUACUCAUACCAGUACGGAAACUGUCGCAGAGCAAAUUCCUAAGGAGAGUGGCAAUAAGGAAAAGCGUAAGAGAAGAAGAAGAAACUACGAUGAUUAUGAUGCUGAGGUUGACAAAGAAGAAAAAGAAAAUAAGCUGAACAAAAAGAGCAAGAAAAUGGGCGCUGCAGAGGAAGUUGAUGAAGAUGAGUCUGACUUGGAUGAUGAAAAGCUGGAUAUGCUAAUUGGCAAUGAAGCCGAAGAGGAAGAUGAUUUGGCUGAAAUUGAUACUUCCAAUAUUAUAACUGGUGGGAGAAGGACACGAGGUAAAGUCAUCGAUUACAAGAAAACUGCAGAACUACUUGACCAAGGGGCACAGAAGGACAGCUCUGUUGCCGAAGAAGAAGAGGAUGACGAAGACGAGGAUGUAGAUUUCAAAGUAGACAACUGA